AUGAUGGACUCCAACUUCACUGCAAAAGAUGUCUACCUGAGCCACUUCAAUCCUCAGACUUACCUGGAAAAGUAUUACACCUUUGGACCCAGCCCCUCUGCAGAAAAUCAAAUUCUUAUGCAUAUCCUCAGGAGACUUUUCAUGACAUUCUCUUCUGGCAGGGUGAAAGGAGACCUCCUGAUUGACAUUGGCACUGGCCCCACCAUCUACCAGCUCCUCUCUGCCUGUGAGGCCUUUAAAGAAAUUGUGGUCACUGAUUAUACUGACCAGAACCUCAAGGAGCUCAACAGGUGGCUAAAGAAGGAACUAGAGGCAUUUGACUGGUCUCCUGUGGUAAAAUAUGUAUGUGAACUGGAAGGGGACAGAGAGAAGUGGGCUGAGAAGGAGGAGAGAUUGAGACAGAAGGUCAAGAGGGUCCUGAAGUGUGAUGUGACCCAAAGCCAGCCUUUGGGUCCUGUCUCUCUGCCCCAGGCUGAUUGCCUGCUCACAGCACUGUGCCUGGAUGCCGCCUGCAAAGACCUCCCCACCUACCAGCAGGCCCUGAAGAACCUCAGCAGCCUACUGAAACCCGGAGGAUUCUUGGUGUUUAUUGAUGCCCUCAAGAGCAGCUACUACAUGAUUGGUGACCAGAGGUUCUCCAGUCUCUCCCUCACCCAGGAGGCUGUGGAGGAUGCAGUGGUGAAGGCUGGUUACAUAAUUCAGGAGUUUGAAAUCAUUCCCCAGAGUUACUCCAGGAACAGAGCAGAGAAUGAAGGGCUUUUCUACCUCGUGGGGCAGAAACUCAAUAAUUCUGUAGAAUUAUGAAGUUAAUCAUGCAUCA